GGCUCCCGGCAGUGACAACUUAUCGUCUCUUUCGACUUCCGGGUCACGACAUGGGAGGGAGGGGGGAGGAGGGCGGCGGGAUCUCGAGCAUGCGCAAAGACGCAAAGUCCAGUUCCUAAUCCAAUUCACCGUUACAUGCCGCGAUAGUCGAAUUAUCAACCGGAUCGGAUCGAGUUAUCCAGGGGUGUUAAUCGGAUCGUAGUCGGACCGCACACAGUCGAACAAAGGCCACUCCUUUCUUCAUAGGGCUGAUGGUGCUGGAGCUGGUGGUGGGCUGGCUGAAGAAGGGGUCCCCCGUGGUCACCGUCAGGGACGGACUCACCUCCGUGUCUUGUGGCAUGAUCUCCAGAUUCCCUCUGCUGUUCACCAGGAGCUGCGAGCUGACCGCCUACCUGCUGGUGUGGGACCGGUACCGCCUGCUGGAGCUGCCCUGGGACUCCGCCUGGACCUGGUGGCUCACCUUCGUGGGCGUGGACUUCGGUUACUACUGGGUCCACCGCUGCGCUCACGAGGUGUCCAUCAUCUGGGCUUCUCACCAGGUCCACCACAGCUCAGAGUACUACAACCUCUCCACCGCCCUCAGGCAGUCCCUCACCCAGCAGUUCACCUCCUGGAUCUUCUACCUGCCCCUGGCGCUGAUCGCGCCCCCCACGGUCUUCUUCGUCCACAUCCAGUUCAACCUGCUCUACCAGUUCUGGAUUCACACGGAGCUGAUCAGAGACCUGGGACCUCUGGAGUGGGUCUUCAACACCCCGAAACACCACAGAGUUCAUCACGGGAGGAACGAAUACUGCAUCGACAAGAACUACGGAGGAAUACUAAUCAUAUGGGACCGAUUGUUUGGUACCUUCGCCGAGGAGACGGACAAAGUGGUGUUCGGCCUGGUGUUGCCCAUCAACACCUUUGAAGUCCUCUACAUCCAGCUGCACUACUACUUGGGCUUGUGGAGAAGGUCCGAGGCGUACGAGACCGUCGGCGACAAGCUGUCCACUUUCUUCAAAGGUCCGAGUUGGAGUCCCGGUAAACGGCGGCUCGGCGACCACGCAGGCAACCCGCAGGUUACCGGACAGGAAGUGCCUCACGGGCCCAGCUGGCCGCUGCCUCUCCAAGCGUAUGUGGUCGUUCACUUCCUGCUGGCGCUGGGGACUUACCACGAUCUGUUUGAGAACAAAAUGACGCUGUCCCAGUUCACCGUUCUGGGGAUGACCGGCUACGUUCUGCUCACUCUCACCUCCCUGGGCUUCAUCAUGGACCAGAGGCCGACGGCGCCUCUCCUGGAGACGCUGCGCUGCGUCGUCGCCGUGACGAUGAUGCGGUACGGCUACACGAAGCCGCUGCUGUCCUCGCUGGCCGGCCCCACGGAGGCCUUUGUCUCCAUCUCUCUGCUGCUCUGGGCUCUGCAGAGUUUCUCCCAGCUGCUCCGCAUCAAGAAGAAAGCCGACUGAGUCGACCCCCAGAGGGGCGGCCGGGUCGGCCCUCUGGAGUUCUGAUUGGUACCGCCACAGAGACUCGCCUGCGAAGGCCUCGCCUGCGAAGGCCUCGCCUGCCUCAGUCUGCUCUGUUGAUGUUUCGCUGCUUACGACUGAAGCUCAGUGACGACGUCAUCCACCAAACCAGAUGAUCUUAUUAUCUCCUAAAAAAAACAACAUUAUUUUACUCCCGUGAAUAUUGUGAUACCUUUUAUUAUGCAACAUGCACCUCUUGAAACCGAUGAUGCCUUUUUGCUUUUGACUUGCACACUGUACUGUUGAAGUGUGUCUCAUCCUGUCCUGGUUGGUAUUGAUUUAUGUUUGUUAUUGUUUAAUGUUUAUUAUGGUCUGUCCGGGGACCACAUAUGCAAAUGAGCUGAAGCUACAAUCUGGUACAGAGCAUCAAAUGGUGACAUUUAUGUUUUAACUGCACAUGGUUCCUUUUAAAUACAAAUAAUAAUAAUAAAUACACCACUUGCUUCCUAUGCUUCGUUUUGACAUAAAAACAAUUGAAACUU